CGCGGUAUUUGCUACUGCCAGUCAGCGGAAGCCGCCGUAGGGUACUGGCGGGCCUUUUUGGCUCCUCUUGUCGCCGGCGCUGCUGUGUGGACAGCGGCCGGGCCGAGCAUAAUGACGUCCGCCUUGGAGAACUACAUCAACCGAACUGUUGCUGUUAUUACUUCUGACGGGAGAAUGAUUGUGGGAACACUGAAAGGUUUUGACCAGACCAUUAAUUUGAUUUUGGAUGAAAGCCAUGAACGAGUGUUCAGCUCUUCACAGGGAGUAGAACAAGUGGUGCUAGGGUUAUACAUUGUAAGAGGAGAUAAUGUUGCAGUCAUUGGAGAAAUUGAUGAAGAGACAGAUUCUGCACUUGAUUUGGGGAAUAUACGAGCAGAACCUCUGAACUCUGUAGCACACUGAGGGAAAAAACUACAUACAUUGGACAUCUGUAAAUCUUUGUACAGAAACUGACUAUUCUGAGGAUGAUGUGCUGAAUUUUUAUCAAUGUGUAAUUGUGGAUUUUGACUCCAUAUUGAUUCAUUGUAAUAUGAUAUGUAAAUUAAAAUAUUUCUACACUUUUCUUGAAAAAACUUUUUUUAAAAAUCGUAAGAUUGGUGGCUUGGUUUUAUUUUUCUAUUAAAUAGUGUAAAAUCUAAUCAUUAUUUUGAGAACGUUUAGAAAGGAUAUUCUGGUAUUUUAAUGUUUAUGGAAAACUAGUUGAAAAGAGAAAUUCAUGUGCUCUAUAGAUUAAGCAUACAAAUACCAUUUGUUGUACAGCAUACAAAUGUUUCUUUGCCUGAUUUUUAAGAAAGUCACAGGAAGGUAAGUCUUGUCUUCUGCAAUUAUCUGACCCAUCCCUAUUUAUCACACUGCCCUGCUGGUUGCCCCCUACCACUUUGGAAGUGCGGUAAAAGUGUGUUUGGUUGAGAAAAGGAAACAUGCUAACAAAGUUGUAUGUUAUCUGAAAAAAAUUGUUUCCAUAUAUAGUCCUAUAAGCCAUCUGAGCUUUUAAUUUUAAGAAUUGGGGAACUUCUAGUAUUAAAGGGGUUUUGUGUUGUUUAUAAAUGUGAGUAAAUACACCUUAAGUCUAUAUGGAGGCAGUGCUCGCUAUUAUUGUCAACAACUUUCCAUGACUCCCUAUUUCCAUAAACCUGAUUUCAAAAGAAGUAAACAUGUUUUCUCUGAG